AUGUUUUCUCUUGCUGAAGGCUGUGGUUGCGUCAGUUUCCGUGGGGGCCGCCGACCGACCGCCGAUGACUCUUCCUCAUGUAGAAGCUCGGAGAUUGAGCAGGAAGUUCCUAAACGGUUGGGAAGGAAAGUUCUCAAUGGCGAAUGGACAAUUAAAGCUCUAGUACCGUUGCUUAGAUUUUGGAGGCGGGAUGACGUUAGCAUGACGAAGGCUGAAAGAACGAUGAAGGCAGCCAUCUUAAUUCAGCAGUGGUACCGGCGUUACUUGGCAAGAAUGGAAGUUCGCAGGCGCUAUACUUGGACCAUAUUUCAGAAUAUCGAAUAUGCUGGUGAACAAGACCAAGUAAAGCUAUACAACUUCUUUAAUGCGUUGUUGAGCCAUAUGAAGGACACCAGUGGGAGACCCUCUUCUGAACGAACUUCGAGGACUACUUCCGUUUUGGAACAAGUAUUUUCUGAGGAGUCAGACGAGGGUGGGGGCGUUGAAGAAACAGCUCCCCCGAAACAUUCCCGGGGCCCCGAUAUAGAAUUCCCACUGCAAAGAAAGGAUAUCGACUUGCUGAUUGAGGCGUUUAGAAAGAAAAAGCAUCGCCUUCAUCCCAAACAUGUCGGACAGAUAUUGAAAGAGGCCGCCCAAGUGCUGAAAAGAAUGCCCAACAUCCACGUAGCGACCACUUCUAUCUCAAGCCAGAUAACAGUUUGCGGGGAUUUGCACGGCAAACUCGAUGAUUUACUGGUUAUAUUCCAUAAGAACGGGUUGCCAUCUCCAGAGAAUCCAUACAUAUUCAACGGGGAUUUCGUCGACCGUGGCAAGAAAGGUUUGGAAGUGUUCCUGUUGUUGCUGUCUUGCAUGUUGGCUUUCCCCGGAGGAGUGUUCUUGAAUCGCGGCAACCAUGAAGAUCUUAUUAUGAAUGCUAGGUACGGUUUCAUAAAAGAAGUCCAUCAGAAAUAUCGGCACAACGCGGAGCGGAUACUGAAGCUUAUUGAAUGCGUGUACCGUUGGCUUCCCCUCGGAACUAUUAUCAACAACAGGGUGUUUGUGGUACACGGAGGUAUAUCUGACACUACAGAUCUCGAUAUGAUACGAAGCUUGGAACGGGAUAAGUACGUGUCCCUUUUGCGUCCUCCAGUGACAGACGGUUCGGGCACUGGUGCUGAAGUUGUAGACAAAGUGGAAUGGAAGCAGGUAUUUGACAUCCUGUGGUCAGACCCGCAGUGCACUGGAGGCUGUGUGGCGAAUGCCCUACGUGGAGCUGGAACGUACUUCGGCCCUGAUGUCACUGCUACGUUUUUGCAGAAGAACAAACUCAGUUUCCUCAUCAGAAGUCAUGAGUGUAAACCUGGUGGAUAUGAGCUAAUGCACAAUGGAAAUGUAAUUACAAUCUUCUCGGCCUCCAAUUAUUACGAGCUCGGCUCUAACAAAGGGGCUUACCUGAAACUCUGUGGCAAUUCUCUUGAGCGUCAGUUUGUACAAUAUACAGCCGCAGUGUCUCGAACUCGCCGCCUUACUUUCCGUCAGAGAGUCGGCUUAGUGGAGUCUUCGGCAAUGCGAGAGCUGCACAACCAGAUAAUGACAGUACGAAGAUCUUUGGAGGCAACUUUCCGUAGCAUGGAUUUGGAUCAAAGCGGAUACAUUUCGAUCAGCGAUUGGUGUCAAGCGAUGGAAGAGACAACGCACUUGGGCCUUCCCUGGAGGAUGCUCAAGGAUAAACUUGUGCGAACUGAUCCGGACACCAGACGCGUUCGAUACAUGGACACGUUUGAUUUAUAUGCUAGUAAAAUUGGUCGUAAAACUGACUCUUCAAACGUCGUUGAAACAUUGUAUAAAAAUAAGAGCAGCUUAGAAGCCAUAUUUAAAAUUCUCGAUAAAGACAAUUCAGGUUUCAUAACAUUAGAGGAGUUUUCUGAAGCUUGUCAACUGAUCGGCAAGUAUAUGCCCAAUCCUAUGACUCAAGAGCAGUUGGUUGAUAUUUGCCGCUUGAUGGACAUCAACAAAGAUGGACUUGUCGAUUUGAAUGAGUUUCUGGAAAGCUUCCGUCUCGCUGAAAAGAGUUUGCAAUAUGAGGACCAGGAAUAUGCUGAAAUUCAAGUCACUUGA